GUGGCUUUGGUAAUAUUAGACUGACCAGAAACCGAAGUAUCGCCAGAAGGCACUUUUAAAUUUCCCGGAGCGACAACUAUUUCCUCGACUUUUCAUACAUUUUAUAGAACUGUGAUGCUGUGCAUCUCUGUGGCUCAGUGGUCUCAUUGUUGCCUAUUAGCGUGUAGUAGCUUUGUGCGAAUAAAGAAACUUAGAGCAGGGCACAGCGGAGAGCACAAAGCGGAACUCAAGUAAAGAUUUUCAGGGCACAUUUGCUAUCAUUCACACAUUCUGCACAUUCGAAAGUUAAUUUAACAAUUCAAAUGUUAAUUAUUUCUUCAUAUUCAUAAUGCAGUGACUUUUGACCUGUGUGCUCUGACUGUGUAUUAACCACUGUUCCGGUGUUUCAGUGGUAAGGUUAUAUCUAGCUAAAAAUAAAAGCAGUGCCUCAGAGACAUGCAUCGCGUUCUUUGUUUUUUCGUGCUAUUUACGUUCCCCCAGUGCAUAUUUUCAGCUUCAGAAUUUCCAUGCUGUGUUCAGAAAAAAGGAAGUGAAAAGUUUGCUGAAUCCCCCAGCACUUGACACCCAGUGGUGCUAGCCUAUGAUAAGGGGAAGUGCAGCCAACACCGAAGUUUUCUGAGAGAAGUGUUGUCUUGUUUUUUGUUUUGUUUUUUCCUCUUCUUUUUCUUUGAAAACAGAGGUACAUCGACAAUUCACCCCACCAGGACUAAACAGAGGUUUUGAACAAUGGCUCAAGGUUGCCUCAAGUGUUUGAAGUACACAAUGUGUGUGGUCAACCUUCUGUGUUUUGUGUGCGGCACGGCAUUGCUGGGAUUCGGCGUUUACAUGAUGAUGAACCUACGGAUGACUGCCCUCACUCCCAGCUUGGCCAACCUCAGUGUGGCCAACAUGUUGCUGAUCAGCGGCAUCAUCAUCACCUGUGUUUCUUUCAUUGGUUUCCUGGGUGCUCUGAAGGAGAACCGCUGCCUCCUGCUCACGUUUUUCCUCCUGUUGUUUACUUUGAUGCUGGUGGAGCUGGCUGCAGCUUGCUUUCUUCUGGUGCAUGAGGAAGAGAUUGGGAAGCUGGUACACAAAGAUCUGACCAAAGGCUUGGAGGAAGCUAAAAACUCCACAGUUGUGUCCAGUGACUGGGAUCUGGUUCAGAACUGGUUUGAUUGCUGUGGAAUCUAUAAUCACACAGACUGGGGAUACAGAGUGCCUCAAUCCUGCUGUAAGACAGAAUCAUGUGCCAGCCAGAACCCUGCCUACAAGGAACAGGGCUGCUUAACCAAGAUGAAGAAUGUUUUUGAAGACAACUUUCUUAGUACUGGGAUUGCUGUCAUUGUCAUCUGCAUUAUUGAGGUUUUGGGAAUGUGUUUCGCCAUGACUCUCUUUUGCCACAUCAGUAGAUCUGGACUUGGCUACAAGUUAUAGACCAUUAAAUACUAUAUACUAUUCUUACUAUUGUCCAGUCUUGGGGCCAGAUUCACAAAAGUAUUCUCAAAGUAAAUUUUAAAAAUGACACAAAAAUGUAAGGAAGGAGGCUUCUCAGUAUAAUUGUUUAAUACUUUAUUAGUCAUUUCAUUACUUUUCCUACAUAUGUACCUCUUAAAUUUUUACAGAUCAACAUUUUUUAAAUGAGAUUAGAGGCUUUAAUCUUUCCAACUUUCUUCUUGAGUACUGUUUAAUUGUAAGUAAGUAAAUAACCUGUUCUGUUCUAUCCAUUUUUUUUUUCUUUUUCACUUAAGACUUAAAAAAAAAAUGUUUUUAUUCUGAUUUUGUGAAUUCAGCCUGAGUCUUAAAUUUCUCUCAUAUUUGGAUUGAGAUAUCAAACUAUGUAAAUGUCAUUUUAGGACUGUUAGCCAAGUCAAACACCUUUUUUUUUCUUCAUGUUUUUGUGUUCAAGUUGCUCCUAACUGUUUCAUGUGUCUAUUUUACAAAGAGGAUGUAGUCUAUGAAAAACAAUUUGCUCUUGUAUAUUAUAAUUUUUAACCAUCCCUCCUAAAGCAAAUGCUAACAUCUUCUGGAAAUCUGAGAAGACGCCAAUAAAAUAUUUGCUCAAGUGUGA